UUCGUUUACAAAAUAACAAAAAGAGUCCCUCCAACAUACACCCCCAAUUCCUUCCCCUGCCACAGGCAAACAAUUAACAAACCAACCCUAAAAAAUCCAAACACAAAAUUUAACAAUCAAAAAAAUCAUGAGCAACAGCAGUGACGUAGAAGCAGGAUUCGCCAAACUUCAAGGCGAAGAUUUCGAAUACUACAUGCAAACUUACUCAAUCAUCCUCGGCCGCAAUUCUAAGAAAUCAACCGUCGACGUUGACCUCUCAUCGCUCGGCGGCGGCAUGAACAUUUCUCGCCACCACGCCCGUAUCUUCUACGACUUCCAACGACGUCGUUUCGCAUUAGAAGUGUUAGGCAAAAACGGUUGUUUCGUUGAAGGCGUGCUGCAUUUACCUGGAACUCCACCUGUGAAACUUGAUUCACAAGAUUUGCUUCAAAUUGGUGAUAAAGAGUUUUACUUUUUGUUGCCUGUUAGGAGUAUUUUGUCUAGUGGCGGCGGCGUGUCGGUGGGACGACAGGUUGCGAAUGUCGGUCGGUCGGGGAAGAAAGGUGGGAGAGUUAGUGGUGGGGAUUAUGAGGAUGAGGGUGGUGAUGGUGGUGGUUAUGAUGUGGAUGUUGAUGAUGAUGGUGUUGUUGGUCACGUGAGUCAUGGUAAGAAAAUGAGAAUCGGUGGUGAUGAUGGUGGUUAUGGGUAUAGUGCCGGUGGAGUUUCUGUGGCCGGCGCGUCUGGUUCUGGUGGGAAGUCGUUUUCGGAUAGGAAAUCUGAGGGAAGAUCAAGAAUUGACAGAGAGGCAGACAACCAACAGCUCUUGCAGCUAGAAGAGAAAGAUGUAAUAUCAUCUGUGGCUACUGUGCUUUCUGAUCUCUGUGGUCCCAGUGAAUGGAUGCCUAUGGAGAAACUACAUGCCGAGUUGAUGGAUCAAUAUGGUAGCGUUUGGCAUCACAGUCGUGUUAGAAGAUAUCUAACGUCAGAGGAUUACCCGAGCCCCGAAGCCAAGAGCAAACCAUGGUUUGGGCUUCUUAUGCUGUUGAGGAAAUAUCCGGAACACUUUGUCAUAAACACUAGGUCUAAAGGCCGGUUCACACAGGAGUUUGUAUCACUUGUCUCUCUUAUUUCAUGAGCCUGCAAGAUGUGAUCAGAGAGUUUACCUUCUAACAAGAACAUGCAUAAUAUCAAUGUUGUGAGUUUAUGCAGUCAACUUCUAUUGCUUGUAUAUUGUCUCAACUCUUUUGGGCUUUUACCAUUUGAAGUAGCCAUUUUGCCAAAAUGGAUAUUUGGGAACCAACUUGUAUUUCAUUAUGUGACACGUAUGUUCUUUGUGAUCGGUAAAACCAUGUUUUAGAGUUCUAGUCAAAUGGUGAGAGUAUGUGAUCUUAAAAGGUCAAAACGAGCUGCUACGAGCCUGCAAGUAUUUUGGCAACCUAGUCAUGGUUGAAUGGUUGCACUAUAAGUGUGAUAAUCAGUCUUAGGCUCGGAUUGUAACAGGAUCACUCUGGAGACAAUUUAUAGUUUUCACUUUCUAUUGACAUGCUUCAUUCACGUUUCUUUC